UUUCCCUUCAACCAGUACAACUUAUUUUAACUUUUUCACACAGGAGUGGAAAACUAUUGGGACAGGAAAGGCCGUUGUGUGCGCUAAAGCAAAAAUUUAACUUUUUCGACAAACGAGGCCUGUUGGGGUAAAAGUAGUCCCGGCGGGGGGUUAUGACCCCGGGCGUCAGCAUCCGGCGCGCAGUUCAGUUUGGCGGUUUCGGGUCUGCAGUUAAACUAACCAAGGGCGUGAUGUGGCCGCGAAUGAACCGAGCUGCUGAGGAGUUCUACGCUCGUCUCCUGCAGGAAUUUAAUGAGGAGAAGAAAGGAAUCUGUAAAGACCCAUUUAUCUAUGAGGCUGAUGUCCAAGUACAGCUGAUCAGCAAAGGGCAACCAAACCCUUUGAAAAAUAUUCUCAAUGAAAAUGACAGAGUGUUCAUCGUGGAAAAAGUGCCUUUAGAAAAGGAAGAAGCAAGUCACACUGAAGAACUACAAUCUGAAGAAACUGCUAUUUCUGAUUUCUCUACUGGUGAAAAUGUAGGACCAUUUGCUUUACCAGUUGGGAGAGCCAGACGGUUAAUUGGACUUUAUACCAUGGCGCACAAUCCUAAUAUGACCCAUUUGAAGAUGAAUCAACCAGUCACUGCCCUUCCUCCCCUUUGGAUAAGAUGUGACAGUUCAGAUCCUGAAGGUACCUGUUGGCUGGGAGCUGAGCUUCUCACAACCAAUAACAGCGUUACAGGAGUUGUCUUGUAUGUGGUCAGCUGUAAAGCUGAUAAAAAUUAUUCUGUCAAUCUUGAAGACCUAAAAAAUUCACACAAGAAAAGACAUCACUUGUCUACUGUGACAGCCAGGGGCUUUGCACAGUAUGAGCUCUUUAAGUCCACUGCCUUGGAUGACACAGUUGCCACAUCCCAAACUACCAUCACGUUGGACAUUUCCUGGAGUCCUGUGGACGAGAUUCUCCAGAUCCCUCCACUUUCUUCAACGGCAGCUCUGAACAUCAAGGUGGAAUCCGGAGAGCCCAGAGGUCCUCUGAAUCAUCUUCACAGAGAACUGAAAUUCCUCCUUGUUUUGGCUGAUGGUUUGAGGACUGGUGUAACUGAAUGGCCUGAGCCCCUGGAAACAAAAUCUGCUUUUGAACUUGUGCAGGAAUUUCUAAAUGACUUAAAUAAGCUGGAUGGACUUGGUGAUUCUACAAAAAAAGACACAGAGGCAGUGAAGCACGACUCCGCAGCGGUUGAUCGGUCCAUGGAGUGUCUUCUCACAGUGCGGGGUGACCUGGAUUUUGCUGAGCAGCUGUGGUGUAAAAUGAGCAGUAGUGUGAUUUCAUAUCAAGACCUGGUGAAGUGUUUCACUUUGAUCAUCCAGAGCCUGCAGCGCGGUGACAUACAGCCAUGGCUUCAUAGUGGGAGUAACAGCUUGCUAAGUAAGCUCAUUCAUCAGUCUUACCAUGGACCCAUGGACGUGGUUCCUCUCAGUGGGACUGUUCCAGUUCAGAUGGUUUUGGAAAUUGGUUUGGAUAAACUGAAGAAAGACUACAUCAGUUUUUUCAUAGGUCAGGAACUUGCAUCUUUGAAUCAUUUGGAAUAUUUCAUUUCUCCAUCGGUAGAUAUACAAGAACAAGUUUAUCGUGUCCAAAAACUCCACCACAUUCUUGCAAUAGUAGUCAGUUGCAGGCUUUUCAUCAAACCUCAACACGAGCUCCUCUUUUCCUUAACGCAAUCCUGCAUAAAAUAUUACAAACAAAAUCCUCUUGAUGAGCAACACGUUUUUCAGCUGCCAGUCAGACCAACUGCUGUAAAAAACUUAUAUCAAAGUGAGAAGCCACAGAAAUGGAGAGUGGAGAUAAAUAGCGGUCAGAAGAAGGUGAAAACAGUUUGGCAACUGAGUGACAGCCCACCUGUAGACCAUCUCAGUUUUCACAAACCCGAUUUUUCUGAGUUAACAUUGAACAGUAGCCUGGAAGAAAGAAUAUUCUUUACUAACAUGGUCACCUGCAGCCAGGUGCAUUUCAAGUGACGUGUGCUGCUGGGGUCCACUCUAAGCACAAGCCCUCCUCCCCCCGCCAAAAAAAAAAAAAAGGUAAUUAUCACAGAACCUGAAAACAGAGAUGCAUGUAAA